UGCCUAUUUUAAUCGAUAACCUUCAAAUUGACCAAUCAGAAUCAAGAGUCAAAGGUUAACUAUCUCUCUCUUUCACGUUGGUGUUUUGAUCGUGUCCGGUUGUGAGAAAAUUAACUGUAAAAAUGGGAAAAAUCAAGGGUGGCCCAGUUGUGGAAAUGCAGGGAGAUGAAAUGACUAGAAUUAUUUGGGAUCUGAUCAAGCAGAAGUUAAUAUUUCCAUUUGUUGACCUUGAGCUGCAUACAUAUGACCUUGGUAUAGAAAACAGAGAUGCAACAGAUGAUCAAGUAACUGUUGAUGCAGCCAAUGCUGUAAGGAAGUACAAUGUUGGUAUUAAAUGUGCAACUAUCACUCCAGAUGAGAAGAGAGUUGAAGAGUUUAAGUUGAAGAAGAUGUGGAAAUCUCCCAACGGCACGAUCAGAAACAUCUUACGAGGGACAGUUUUCCGUGAGGCCAUCAUUUGUAAAAACAUCCCUCGUCUGGUUCCCGGCUGGAAUAAAAGUAUUGUCAUUGGCCGCCACGCUUAUGGAGACCAAUACAAGGCAACAGAUUUUGUGGUUCCUGGCUCUGGUAAACUGGAGAUCAAGUUUACACCGGAAGAUGGUGGAUCUCCGAUGGAAUAUACUGUGUUCCAGUUUGAGGGAACUGGUGGAGUUGCUCUUGCUAUGUAUAAUACUGAUGAGAGUAUUAAAGAAUUUGCUCACAGCUCUUUCCAAUAUGCUUUACAGAAGGAAUGGCCUCUGUAUCUAAGUACCAAAAAUACCAUUUUGAAGAAGUAUGAUGGUAGAUUUAAGGAUAUCUUCCAAGAAAUCUAUGACAAAGAGUACAAAGAUAAAUACGAAGCCAAGAAAAUCUGGUACGAGCAUCGUCUAAUUGAUGAUAUGGUGGCCUACGCCAUGAAGUCCGACGGUGGCUUUGUGUGGGCAUGCAAGAACUAUGAUGGUGAUGUACAAUCAGAUUCUGUUGCUCAAGGUUUUGGAUCUCUAGGUAUGAUGACCAGCGUGCUCAUUUGUCCCGAUGGUAAGACAAUAGAGUCUGAGGCGGCUCACGGAACUGUGACUCGUCAUUACAGAUUCCAUCAGCAGGGUAAAGAAACAUCAACCAAUCCAAUAGCCUCCAUCUUUGCUUGGACACGUGGGUUACUGCAUAGAGCUAAACUGGAUAAAAAUGAUGCUCUCACAACGUUUGCUAAUAACCUUGAGGCGGUGUGUGUAGAAACCAUUGAGGCAGGCUUCAUGACCAAAGAUUUAGCAAUCUGUAUUAAGGGAAUGGCAAGUGUGUCCCGCCCUGACUACCUGAACACCUUUGAGUUCCUGGACAAACUAGCGGAAAAUCUUGGAAAGAAAAUGGGAUCAAGUUGACUAGAUAACAAUGCUAGGCUAUAAAAUAACUGGGACCAAGUCCAUUCAAAAUAAAGGAGGAAACCAAUAUUAUGCUUGUACUUUUUAUUAUCUGGGGAAAAAUAGAUAAAUGAAUUAAUUUAAUAUCUAAAUUAUUGUUAAUUUGAUUUUAAUAUGAUGCUUUGAUAUGGAUAUUGUUUUCUUAUAAUCAGAUUUAAUGUUGCAAAAUUGAAUGUCAGUUAAAUUUUACCAUGCUAACUAUAUUAAAUGGACUUGUCCAUCUUUCAAUCUUGACAAAACCAUUCGUAAUUUUUAGGAACAAAUUUGAGAUUUGUACUGAUUGAUCAGCGAACAUUGCAAGACAAAAAUUUGCCGGCUGAUCUUGGUCUGCACUGGUCACAUGGAUAAAGUCAGUUGUUGUUAGCAGGCUAAAGGUUAAUAUAUUGUAUAUGUUACAUGUAAUAGAUCAUUUUUCUUCUUUAAAAUUUCAAAUAAUUGAUCAGGAAGUAAAAGUAAUUUGCAUUCAUUGUUAUCAUGUGCUAGUCUACCAAAGCUCAGGAUCAUUUAAAUGACUAUAAAUAACUUACCAAACAUUUGAAGCACCAUGAUUUCAUUUUGAUCUUGUCUCACAGAAGCUUAUUGGAUUCUUACAGUAUAUGGAAAGUGGGCAGAGUUCAUCCAUAUUAUAUAUAUUUUACAAAUCAUGUUUUACAUAAUAUUAUUUUUGAUCUCGGUGUAUCGUCUACAAAAAUUCAUAAUUUUUACUUUAAUAGCUCAAUGAUUAGGUUAACAUGUAACAGUAAGUUUAAAAAACUUGACAUUGAAAAGGUUAUGUGAAAUUGCUUUGAAUUGUUUGAUAUAUGACAGACUUUUUACAAGUUGUUAAGUACAUUUUGAAGAAUGGUUUUACUUCUAUGAUUGAAAUAAUAUUUGUCCUCGUUUCAUUUUCGGAUUUGCUUAAAAAAGGAAAAUAUUGUGAUCAGCCACAGUCCUAUCUUUUCUUUGUUAAGGAAAUUUUGUUUUUCAUUUAUCUUUUUAUUUCUAAAUCUUAUGAUGAUUAGAGACAAAAAUGUUUUUGUGAUUAAAAUGUGAUAAUUUAUUGAUUCUUUACGCAAAUUUGUAUUCUUAAAAUUUAGUAUUUUAGACUUUCUCUUUUCUUAUAGAUAGUAUAUAUUAUACAUUAUAUAAUUCUGGUCAAUUGUUACGAAAUAUGUUAAUGUUAUAUGUUAAGUUAAAAAUUUGACGAGAAUCAAAAUUUUGUAAAAUUUGUAAAUUUUGAUACAGAAUGAAAUAAGGUUAUAAGGAUUUAAAUCUCAAUAAAAGUCCAUCAGCAUUUCAAGUAUUAAAUGACAUUGAAGAAAAAGAAAUACCCGGUAACGCCAGUUUUACUAUUGACACAUGUUUCAUGGGCAUUAUAGAAUUCAUAGCUUACACAAGGUCAUGGUAAAUCUUUAAAAAAAAUGCUUGUUUCUAAAAUAAAAUACAAAGGGGUACAAACACAUGCGGUGUUCUGCCAGUGUUACUGCUUGAUAAUUGUCACCAUUAACGUUGCUAUGGUGACAUAAAUCUCUUUAUAACAUAGUUACAGAACUUUGAAAAGGAACACACUCUUGGUUAGAUUUUUUUUAAAUUAUCGGGAUAACUUGUUUCCAUCUCUUGUUAUCAAAUUUUUAAGGUUAAGUUUUGUAGCUACUUGUGUUUAUAUUUACAUAAUAGACCAUGUUAGUUUUAAGUUAAAAGAGUCCCUUAGUGAUGUAUAAAAGUCUUUCACAAUCAUCUUAUAAUUCCAGUUAUGUGUUGUUGAUUUUUUUUUCCAAGCGCUUUAUCCAAUUAGCAUUUUGUUUGUUUCCUAUAUACAUGUAUGUAUAAAUGGGAAGUUGUGGUAGAAAGUUAAGAUACCUCGUUAGAAAUAAUGGCAUUUACUUAAAUUAUCAAAGAUUUUUCAGUAAUUCAAUUACAUGUUGAACAAAUAGAGGAUAUUGAAUGAGUGUAAGUUCAAUACUGAAUUUAUUGCACGAGUUGAAUAAAAUUAUAUUAUGUGAGCCUCUGGCGAGCAUAAUAUUAUUUUAUUCAACAAGUGCAAUAAAUUCAGUAAUGAACUUACACGAAUUUAAUAUUCUGUUUAUCACAUACCCAAAAUAAAGACCGUUUAAAGUGAAAUAAGAGUCAUUUUUCAUUGACGCGCCUAUAGUAUAACGCUAACAUUUAGUGCGUCUUAACACUAUGUUUGUAUAACGCUAAUGACGUCACGUCAAAAUAUAUGCACGGCCGUGCAAUACCAUAUUUACGGAGUCGCAAAAUCGGCACGGGUGUGUGAUAAAUGACAUUUACUUAAAUUUUUUUGUUUUAAAUAAUGAUGAUGGCAUUUACUAAAAUAUGUAAAAAUUUAAACUUGCUUUGUGAUGUAACAGAAAUGGCACUGUAUGAUUUUUAGCUGUCAGAAGUACAGACUAUUUUAAGAAUGGAUGCUUUUGCGAUCAAUUAAUUGAAUAACAUUUGACUUUUAAUAAACAUUUUAUCUGGAA